AUGGCUAGCGGAUUACGGAUAUUAGUCCCCGUCAAGCGGGUGAUCGACUAUGCCAUCAAGCCCCGCAUCAACAAAGCCCAGACGGGUGUCGAAACCGCCGGCGUCAAGCACUCUCUAAACCCAUUCGACGAGCUUUCAAUCGAAGAAGCUGUCCGCCUCCGUGAGCGCAAAGGCCCUCUGAAGGUCGAGAACAUUCUCGCCCUCUCAGCCGGUGGCCCUAAGACCCCCGAUGUCCUCCGCACAGCAAUGGCCAUGGGCGCCGAUCGCGCAUUCCACAUCGACGUCCCCGAAAGCGCUGAAGGUGGCCCCGAGCCCCUAACAAUCGCCAAGAUGCUGCGCGGUGUCGUCGAGAAGGAGAACAUCAACCUUGUGCUGCUGGGCAAACAGGCGAUCGACGGUGACCAGGGCCAGACUGGUCAGAUGCUCGCGGGACUGUUGGGCUGGCCGCAGGCGAACCAGGCCAGCAAGGUCGAGAUCAAGGAUGAGAGCGGCACUAUUGAGGUGACGCAUGAGGUUGACGGUGGUGUGGAGACUCUGCGCGCGAAGCUGCCUAUGAUCAUUACUACUGAUCUGCGGUUGAAUGAGCCUCGGUACGCUAGCUUGCCUAACAUUAUGAAGGCUAAGAAGAAGCCGCUGGAGAAGAAGACGCUCGCCGAUUUCGGAGUUGAGGAUAGUCGGCGGUUAAAGACUGUUAAGGUUACCGAGCCCCCUCCACGCAAGGGUGGCGGCAAGGUCGAGGACGUCGACGGGCUUGUUUCCAAGCUGAAGGAGCUGGGUGCGCUCUAA